AUGUUAUGUAUCAUCACUGAGAGGCAUGCCUCACCACCUCUUCCUCCAACCCACUCAACACUCCUCCACCCCCCAUCACAUACACACAUACACACCAUCAUCCGUCUCCCCCUUCUCCCCUCAAAUCCACCCCAGCAGCCCGGCCGCGAGCCCGAGCGCAACCGGCGCGAACCCCCAGUGCGCCCACUCCCCGCCGCCGAUGAGCGCCCGGCUCACGAGCCCGUCGGUGGCGACCAUGCCCAGCGCCGGCAGCGCGCACAGGCCCAGCAGCCGCCUGUCUCCCGCCCACCAGACGGUCGACAGGACGGCCGCGAUGGCGGCGUUGCGGCUGCCGUAGAUGCGCGUCAUGCCGAGCGCUACGGCGCGGGCGGAGGCCGUGUCCGGGUCGGCGGCCCGGGGGAGCGGGAAGCCGAAGUGGCGCAGGGCGGCCUCGGGCUGGAGGAGGGCGCGGGCGCCGUAGAAGCCCGGGACGGCGAUGAGGGCUAG